CUCCUUCUCAUAAAUGCAGCAGUGCUUGCAUGCCUGUGUGUGUGUGUUUGCACUUUUUUUGUGUGACAGACAGACAGACGGUAAGACAGAGAGAUUUGCUGUAAUAGAAAGUGAGAAAGGAAGGGGAGGGAAGUAGCCAAAGACGGGCAGGGAGGGGUAAGACGGAUAGAGAGAGAGAGCGAGCAAAAGGGGACGGAAGGGAGGGGAGAGAGAGAGAGAGAGAGAGAAAAGAGGGGGAGCACAUGUGUAUGCUUGUCACUAAGGGGCUGGGAGAAGGACUAAGGGAAGCGAGGUAGCUGGCCACAGCCGCCAUAUGCUGACUGGAUUCCUGUUCAUGUCUGCUGUGUGAAGACUGAACGCUCGCCGGCUGGGGAACGCACCAUGGGAAGCUCACAUCUCCUCAACAAAGGCAUGCCUCUAGGCAUCAGGCCACCCAUAAUGAACGGACCCAUGCACCCCCGCCCCCUGGUGGCGCUGCUGGACGGGCGAGACUGCACGGUGGAGAUGCCCAUCCUGAAAGACGUAGCAACCGUGGCCUUCUGUGACGCUCAGUCCACACAGGAGAUCCACGAGAAGGUGCUGAACGAAGCUGUAGGAGCUCUGAUGUACCACACCAUCACUCUGAUGAGGGAAGACCUGGAAAAGUUUAAAGGUCUUCGCAUCAUCGUCCGCAUCGGCAGCGGCUACGACAACAUUGACAUCAAAUCUGCCGGAGAGCUGGGCAUAGCUGUGUGUAACAUGCCGGCGGCGUCGGUGGAGGAGACGGCGGACUCUACGCUGUGUCACAUCCUCACCCUGUACCGACGCACCACCUGGCUGCACCAGGCGCUGCGGGAGGGCACGCGGGUUCAGAGCGUGGAGCAGAUCCGAGAAGUGGCGUCAGGAGCGGCGAGGAUCAGAGGAGAGACGCUGGGACUUAUAGGGCUCGGUCGGGUUGGCCAGGCCGUUGCCCUGCGAGCCAAGGCCUUCGGCUUCAAUGUGAUUUUCUAUGACCCUUAUUUAGCUGAUGGUGUAGAAAGAUCCCUGGGACUACAAAGGGUCACCACACUACAGGACCUGCUCUUCCACUCAGACUGUGUCUCUCUGCACUGCAGCCUCAACGAACACAACCACCACCUGAUCAACGACUUCACCAUCAAACAGAUGCGGCAGGGGGCGUUCCUGGUGAACACGGCCCGGGGGGGUCUGGUGGAUGAGAAGGCGCUGGCUCAGGCCCUGAAGGAGGGCCGGAUACGGGGAGCUGCUCUCGAUGUCCACGAGACAGAACCUUUCAGUUUCAGUCAGGGCCCGCUGAAGGACGCUCCCAAUCUGAUCUGCACCCCCCACGCUGCCUGGUACAGCGAACAGGCAUCGCUGGAGAUGAGAGAGGAGGCAGCCAGGGAGAUCCGGAGGGCUAUCACAGGUCGUAUCCCAGACAGUCUGAAGAACUGUGUGAAUAAGGAGUUCCUCUCCCAGAACAACCACUGGACAGGAGUCGAGCCUGCCACCGUCCACCCCGAGCUCAACGGUGCUUAUAGUCUUUUUCCCUCUCCCUCCCCCCUUCAGGUAUCCCCCAGGAGUGGUGAACCUGCCAGCUGGCGGCCUUCCUCCCCCUGUUGAAGGCAUCGUUCCCAGCGCUGUGCCCAUGGCCCACAACCUCCAGCCCGCUAUCAUACACCCUCCUCAUGCCCUGUCCCCCGGACAAAAUACAGUGAAGCCACCAGAGGGCGACAGAGAGCAGCACCCGAAUGAUCAACUGUAGCCACACACAAACACACACUUGCCUGUGUGGUCUGGUGACAAGCUGUUAUCAGACGCGUUCACAGAGUGUCAGAUGGACAGGUUGAGGUCCCAAUAACAAUCGAUUAACAACUCUCUGGCAAAUUGUUUCUCAGCAGCCAGUUCACACUCCAAAGAAGAAGAAAAUGGCCAUAGAAGAGGACGAUGAAGAAGAGCGGAUAGCUGUGAGAUGCUCUAAAUAAGAAGCAAGAUAGUUGUCCGUUGGUCCAACAAAAAGCCCUGAGAAAGACUGUAAAGAUCCACAGGUUGAUCUUCAAAUAAGAACCACAGUAUAGUCACGUUUCUGCCAGUAGUUAAAAAAUUAAAUCUGUUGAUUUGGGAUGAAAAGAAUACUGAAAAUUAUGCUGUCUUAGACUGUAGUGUGUCCAAAGUUAGAGGUGCGGUUUUCAUGUGUUUCUCUCUUUUUCUGUGUCCUUUCCUUAGUUUGAUGUACAACCAAAAGUAGUAGGUUAUGAAAUGAAUUAGGGCUGCACGAUAUUGGAAAAAACUGACAUUGCGACAUUUUCUUCCCCUGCGAUAUGAAAAAAUACAAGGAUUGAAGAAAAGACAGUUUUUUUUGUCCGCAAACCAUCCUUUCUUGAACUUUAAUGCUAUACAAUUGGUAUUUUUUUAAUAAUAUUUAACCGGAUGAAGGAUUUUAGUCACGGACUUCUGGAUCUUAAGUUAUCAGAGCAACAAGCUGAGCUAGCUCGGUUAUCCUGCUGUGAUCUGAUCAAGAAUGGUUGUGAUUGGUGGUUUGCUGUGCAUGCAGAGCCUGCAAGUUUUCCUUUUGUAGCAAGCAGCAAAAUAAUUGUAACAUGACUUGUUUGAGUUCAUUUGCCUACUUAAUAUCGCACGUCCUAAAAAAAUAAUAAAAAAAUAGCACGUCCUGCGAUGUCAAUAUUGCGCAUGCGCAUAACGCGAUUAUCGUCACGACACGAUAUAUCGUGCAGCCCUAAAAUGAAUGUAACCUUUCUGUGUACAGCUCUUAGAGAUGGAGAUACUGAUAGUUGUAUUCCAGUCUUAACUUAAACAAGGGAUAUGUGAUCUUUGAUGUAGCCAAACUGGUCUCAGAAUACAAUAUCUGUUUUAGUUUUGUGUCCCUAAAUUACCGCCCCCCCCCCCCCCCCAAAAAAAAAAAGGAAAUGAAAAGAAAAAAGAGGCAGCUUUUUGCACACCAUCUCAGGAAAUAAAGUUUCCGCAGUUGGUAUGGUAUUUAUAAUUUGUUUGAAAAAUUCCUUUUUAUGCCACUUAGUGCUUUUGUUUUUCUACCUGCUUGCCUUUUUUCAUGUCCUGCUGCAUUAGAUAAUAAUAACUUUAACAAGAGCUAAAGUCGAUCUAAUGUUUGCUUUUGUUUGUUUUGUUUAAGGGGCAUGCACUUUUGCUCUUGGGACUAAAUAAUUGACCCAAAUCGAGGGGGUUGUGGGAGAAAGGCUGUAGGGAGGCGGUGUAAUGGUGUGCUUGGCGGGAAGACUUCAUCCUUAGUCGCCAUUUGAGUUUACAAAAUAUAGUGAUAAAGUGAGAGGUAAUUACUUUGAAGGACAAAACAGGUUGUGGAUAAGGCAACACAGAGUUUGUAGAAGCGUACAUUAGGAAAAAAAAGUAAUUAUCUUGGUUGUGUAAUGAUCCAGUACUUCCACUAUUACACACAUUAAUUGUCCAAGUCAUGGAGCAUGAACAGUUUAGCACACCAAGGUUUACAAAUGAUACACAACAUUGGUAAAUCAGGGUUUUGUUUCAUGCUAAGCCAACAGACUUGUGAAAAACUGCAUAGCAAACAUUCUAUAUAUUCCUGAUUCAACUGCUUUGCUUUCUGCACAAACCAUUUUUGUUUCUUAAACUUGCACAGAAGUUAAGGAUAGCUAUGGUAAUUGACUGAUGAGGAACAGUUCUUGAAACCAAAUGUUCAUGUUUGAUCCGCUGCAAAAUGGACUAGUUAAGACUUUUUAAAUGACUAUGACAACAAAGUAAAGCAUUUCAUGACAGCAUGUCAGAACGCACUGAUUUCUCCAGUCUAGUAUCCCUUUAACAUUUCAUGAUGGGUCCUACCUGAGUAUACCGUUUAGCCACCCUCUGUGGCUUCUGUGUCUAUGUGUACAUAUGGUGUUUGCCUGCCUGUGUCAAUGUGACUUGGUUGUAUAUGUGUCUAAAAAAGCACAGCACUGGGAGGAGGGGUGGUGGCUAGUACUCUCCAUAAGGCAUCAUUACAAAGACUGCCAAUCAAAAAAACAACUAACACUAUGUAAAAAAAAGAAAAAAUGCUUAGAACUAGACAAAUCCAAGCCAGAAAACAUACCCAGUAAUGUGUGCUUUUACUGGUAACAUUCCCACCAUGUGAACAAGAUGCUGUUACGCCAACAGUAAGGUAUACAAACAUGUUUUGCUAUCUGGAAUAUUUAUAACCGCCUUUAGUCUAGUAAUGUUGUUGGUGUUAGCAGGACAGCAAAGUGAUGGUGCUUUUUGGAUCCCCUUCUACCAGCAGCUGAGCAGUAAAAACAGUUCACUGUUGCCUACCUGGUCGUCAUGGUGAGGUAGUAAGAGUAGCAAUCAGGGAUGGAAAUUCCACUAACCAUUGGUGAGUUCUCCCUAACCAGGAUCUAAAGGGUUGUAGUACAGAAGGCACUGAGGUGACAUUCAACUGUCAGAAAAGAGCCCCAAGAGGCUGUAAUAGUUCAAGUUAUAUUCUUGAUCUUUUCUCACCAGAUGCCUGUAGUUAAUUGGGGUACAAAUAAUACAUAAUAUAAACUGUAAGCAUUCCUCAUUCAAAGAGAUGGUUGCCUCAAGUUAAAAACAUACGUACUAGCCUUUAAAGUGUCCAGGUGCUCCUGGAAAUUCCAUCCCUGGUAGUGACACACAGUCGACUGUUGCCUACCCUGGUCCCUUUAUGGUAAAGUAGUAGGCGUAGCAAUAUACAGUAUACAUAUUCUAUAUUCUACAGUAAAUAUCAUUAUUUUUGGUCUAAACUGACAACCUGACAAAGAUAUGUUUGUGACUGUAUGCAUUUGUAUGAAUUAUUUUAAAAGGAAAUAAACUGUGGAAAGGUGAA